AUGGGGACGAUAGACGACGUGUCCUCGGCGAACCAGAUUGGGGUCCACGUGGCGAAGCUGACGAACGCGGAGGGGCGUAAACCUGCACAGCUGUACGACCUGGCACAUCCUAGGGGUGCUUAUAGUUUUCACGAGUUGCUGAGUGACCAAGAAUUGGAGUACGCCGUCGACUACCAAGGCACUCUAGUACUUCAGCGUCCCGAGUGUGUCAUCGACGGCAACGCAAGCGCCCACAUGCUCAACGUCAGCACAUACUCGAACCUCCGGAACGCCUACGAAACGAUUCUGGCAAAGACAAUGUACAGGUCCAUUUCCAAGAACUCCGGUGUGCUAGCUCAGCUUCUGGUGCGAAGUACGUUCCCAGGAGCAGGACGCUGGAGCGGCUACUGGAACCCCGAGCGGAAUCCUUACAAAAGAAGUGUGCAAGAUAUGCUGCUGCACAACAUCAUGGGCAUGCCUGCCUUACGGGACGGCCGCUUGCAGCCUGCGCGAUGUGGUCGAUGCCGGGGCGCUCCGCGCUUGCAGUAGACUGGCCCACCUGACCGUAUAUUUUCCAGUGCGUCGUCGCAUGUACUUCGGUGAAAUCGCCCAUCCUGAC